GAUCAGUACGGUGUGGUAUGGUACCAGGUACUGCACGCAUUCGCAACAAGUGCAACAAGACACCAAGCCAAGAGACAACCAAGAGACAACACGACACGACACGACACGAUACGACACAACACAACACAACACAGCAGCGUAGCGCAGCGUUCAAGGAUCAUAGCACAGGAAAGGAAAAGAAGGAAACAACAGAAUGAGAUAACGUCCACCGAAACGAAGCGAAAAAAACAAGACACCCAACAAACACAAGCUAGGAAAGGAAACGAAACAACACAGGGACAACCAACAAAAAACAAACAAACAAACAAACAAACAAAAAGCGCAAGGGACAAGCACACCGUCAGAGGAAGGCGAAACCGGGGAAGGACACCAUGCCGGGCAGCGAGGAGGCGGCACCCGAUCCCGGGCGGGACGGCGAACGGGAAGAAACGAAACCGCUGCUGCCGGUGGAAAUCGCCGAGGCCGAUCGCACCGAGAGCCGCUCGUUCCGUGGCGCCGGGGAAAAGACCGAGGGCGAGGAAUCUCGUGCAAACCCCGCCCCGAGCGACGGGGCUUUUGCUUCUGCUAGCUGCAACGGAGCCGGCUCGAAGCCCGGCGAUGCCUCGGGCAGCGACAGCAAUAGCGACAGCGACAGCGACGGAAGCAGCGACAGCAAUAGCGACAGCAGCGAUUCGGGAGACGAAGAGACACCAGUGGACGGACUCUCUAGCUACGAACGGUACGUACUGCGUUGUGGGGGGUGGGCAAUCAAUGYGCAAUGGGCAAUGCAUCAUGUGCAUCAUGGACACCGUGCCAUGGAGAGUUCGCUCUGUGCCAUGGGUCUCUGGAGGAUCGAACCRUGUCGUGUCACAUCCCAACACGAGAAAGAGAAAACUCACACCAAGCACAACACAAACCAUGAAUUCUCUCUGUUUUUUUUCCUGUUGGGGAACCCAAUGCAUUGGCGAAUGGUGAUUUUGCUUUGCUUUGCUUUGCGCAACGCACUUAUGUACAAAAAACAAAAACACAAACCAACACAAACUGCCGUGCAAUGGCAACAAAACAACACCGCCAACACAUACGUACUGUGCAACACCGCGAAACACAAUUUUGCAACCGCACAAAACAGACUCCGRCAGGAACGAAUCAAGCGCAACCAAGAGCGCCUCGCCGCACUGGGACUCCACCAGGCGGCGACAAGCCUCAAGCCGCAGCAGCAACCGAAGAGGCCAAAGGCGAGGCGGCGGUCGAUCGAGCCCGUGGAACCCACCCGGACGCAGCGCUCCCGGCUCUCCAAGAAGAGGAUCGACUACGCCGAGAAGCAGCCCCUCUUUGCGGUCCGGCGGGCCUCGACGGGCGACGCCAACGGCGGAAAGGCCAAAGACGACGCCGAGCCCCUGUUCCGGAUCCGGGCCGCCACCCUGGAAAAGGAGAAGCACCUGACCCCCGAGGAGCGCGCCAGGAACGACGCCAAGAGGGAGCGCCGCCGCAAGGAAAAGAAGGGGGACGAGCGGGUCCCGCGGUUCGUCUACGACGAGUUCCAGCGGAUCCGCUCCGCCCGCAAGAAGGCCCUCAAGAAGGCAAGCAGGCAGGCCCGGAMCGCCUCCCGGGAGGUCGCCCACUGGUCUAGGGCCCUCCGCAAGCUGGAAACCAGGGCCGGGAAGCUCGAAGCCAGGCGGGCCCGGUCGGGGGAGGCCCUGGCCAGKGAGAGGGCCAGGGUCCAGCGGGAGGCCAGGGAGCGGGCCGAGCUGGACCUCCUGCCCCCCUCGGCCGGCUGGACCCUGGCGGACCUCCUCUUAGACAUCGAGGAAGCAGCCGCCCCCGGCGGGAGGCUCUUCGAGGCCUUUUGCACCCACGAGAAGGAGCAAUCCGAGCGGCGCUCGAGGGCCUCCGCCCUGGAGAAGGAGCGGGCCGAGGCCAAUCGCCGGAGGGCCCUCGAGCGCAAGCUCGGCGUCCUCGACGCCCUGGACCGCUUCCCCAGGGCCUACAACGAGGCCGUGGGGRRACUCAACGCAGCGCUGUACGCCCGUGCCCCGAGGGAASCCUGGAAGGCCCACAAGCCGCCUUGCCCCGUGCRAAAGCCGGCGGCGAGGAGGUCCUUCGGAACGGCYUUUGGGGGKGGAAGCAGCCUUGCAGUUGCGGGGGGAGGCCCCGGGGGAUUCGAAAGCGGGCCGCUGCCACCACUUGGAAACGGGGAGGCGCAUCCCGGGGAAACCACCGGACGCGGGCCCGAACCACCCAGAAAGAAACCAAAACGAAGCAGGAAAUCGGCCGCGGCCGGAAGGAGCACCGCUGCCACCAGCCUACAGGGGAACGCAACCGCAAACCACGCUGCUGCUGCAGCGGCUGCCACUGCCGCGGUGGAUCCGGGCCCGGGGAUGGCGAAACAAAGGCGGAAACAACAGGUGCUGCCGCUCCACACAGCAGGUGCCAGCACACACAGCCYKUUGGUGGCCGGGGAUUCCUCUCGGAAGCAGAUUGCYGGCAUCAMCRCCACCACCACCACCCCGAAAAACACCAAAAAGCGGARCCGAUCGGCCAUGGGACUKCUUCCCCUGCAUUCCCGGGGCAGAACCAUCACUGCCAAGUCCAAACCCGACAMSAAAUGCAACAGCAACCAGCACAAGGCUUCCCCGGGAUCCGGUGCCACUCCUUCCAACCGGAGCAUGUUUCCUGUGGAUUCGGUUGCCGCUGCCGCAGGCACGGCAUCGCUGGCAGCCGGUCCUGUUUCUUCCACCAGCAAGAGUGGCGGGAACAAAAUCCCCGGAGCCGGGCCCUUUGCCCCUGCAAAGAUUGCGAAAAAGCCCAAGAAAAAACAGAGGGACGCCCGGUACAUCGGUGGCUGGAUCUCGCCCCGCUUUGCCCGGGAACUCGAUCGCAACUGGCUCGCACGGACCAGGCCCAUCGAUUCCAAGCCCGUCGUYGUCGUCCCGGAAGACGCCCUCRAACGGGCCGGCGUCCAGGCCAAAAAGACGGCCGUCUUCGAUCUGGCCUCCUACGUUCCCCAGGCCGGGGACGUGGUGCUCUACUAUCCGUCGGCCCACAAGGACGUUCUGGCCACGCACUUUGACACGCUCGGUUCACGGCAGCGGAACCUGUUGCGGGUCCCCCUCUGGGCGAGGGCGAGCCGGGACCGGAACCGGCUGACCAAGGAGGACGAAAAGGGSAUUAUAUGGUGGACGGACGAAUGGAUCGAAUCCCUUUCGACGGUCCGGAGAMCCAAAAAGGACAAGCACCAGCAAGCAGCCGCCGAGACACCACCCACCGCGAGACCAAGGGAAUCUCUCGCAGAACGCGAUGCUUCUGCCGAAGGCAACCGCCACCGCGCGUGCUGCCUCGGAGAUUACCCCAUUAUCUGCCGCGUCGAGAAGACCCACGUGGAGUUUCCGGAAGAUCCCUACGCCAAGGGCAAGUCGGCCAGCGCCGGUGCGAGUGACACGGGCAAAACAAGCAACGGUGGGRGACCUUCCGAAACAUCCACGGACGCACCGGCCGCUUCCUGGUACGGCCAGGCGGCAAAGAAGGCCGGGACAUCCCCACAACUCCGGCUGUGUGUCCUCCUGAAGCCACUGACGCCGAUUGCCCCCCCAUCGGACGAUCGAUCGUCCUCCUCUUACAACCUCGGGCUGCCACCCAACUUUUCGGUCGUGACCUUCCCGGUGGUUCCCCCCCUCGAGCCGUUCCUCGUUCCGUUUUGCUGGGGGUACACCACCUAUCACACRAUGGUGGCAAGCGAGASCGUUUGGAUACGCUUGGCCGCCAGCACAAGCAAYGAUCCGGCRAACAAAAGCUCGUCGCUGGCCGGCCGCUGUGGGAAGGGAAAGAUCAUCGASUUUCUUGGGGAGAUUUCUUCCARCGCAAACCCAAAAACCGCACCGACACCGGCAUCGGUGCAACGAACCAAGGCWCGAUCGAGGGGUCCCUCGUCUGGUUUGGCAGAAACAACGGCGCCAACGGUUCACACGGAGGAGUCACCGAGGGAAUGGAACAAGGGUGUGAUGCGGCUGGACAAAAACACGGAGGAGCUCAGGGCGGUUUUGGAACACCUGGCCCCGGACGGAUCAUCGAUGCCAAAAGCGCUAGAAGCGCAGCUGCUCUCCGACAAAAAUUCCAGGGCGAGGUUCCCCCUGCGGGAGGCCAACGUCAUUCUUGGUUUUCUUCGCAGAUACGUCGAACAGAAGGAACAAACAAAAGGCAGCAACGUUUCUUCGAAUUCGGAGCACAAGCAAUCGGAGAUGUCGAAGCCUUCGUUUUCGUUGCUGGCCWUCAUACUCCGAACUCUUCCUCUACGACGUGGCGUGCUUGUGUCCUGUGAUUCCAAUAGAAGGCUUAUCUGCAAAGCAUCACCGUGGAACCUUGUCACUCUCCAACCAACGGAUCUCUCGCGAAGUCUACAGAGCGGGCUUCUCGGGGUUCUCGAUAACUCACUGAGGGAGAAGGCAAUCCUCUGUAUAUGGGACGUCAUGGAGCAAAAUCCCCACGCCAGAUUGUUUUCCGAGAUCCUUACGGAACUGAAGGCUCCCGGAUAUUACUCCGCCGUCCCAAUCGGAAUGUCUCUCGACCGAAUUCUAGCGCGACUCAAGGCGCAUGGCAACACCGGAAGUUGCUAUUACACCUCGAUCGAAUCCAUCCUGAUGGAUUUGAAUCUCMUUUCCGAAAAUUGCUUGCUGUACAACAACCCCGAAUCCGAACUAGUGGCGAUGUGCAGCGACAUUGUACUACAAUGCCAGGUUCUUAUGAAGGACAUCAUCCAGAAUACUGAUUCGAGAGGCAGCCAAAAGAGAUCGGAGAGCGAUYUUGGUGGGAAAAAGCAGUUGCUUGCUAUCCCGUCAGAUUUGAACACACCGUACYACGGAAACAUAAACGGGGAAUGGCUCCGACAAUACAUGCCAUACACCACUUCCAACGGAGGCGAGCAGAUGACGCACCAGGCGUCGUCGUCGGUGUGGAUCCCGCAGUGUGGCGAAGAAAUUUUUUAUUCUCGAGCCAACCACUCAAAAUUUGUCAGCGGCCAUAUCGAUUCCCUAGACGAUGUSCAGCGCAAUUUACCAGAAUUCGGAAAGACARCAUCAAGCCAGGGAGACGAUUUUCAAAAUCGCGAAGAAGCGAACAAAUCGGGAGGAAACCAAGAAAGAGACGAUGUCUUUGAAAAAGCUUCGUCUCACUGGAUGGAGGGAACAGUCAUCUCGGUCCGUACCUCGUUUCCAAAGGAGGUCAAGAACCAAAACGCUGAGUCGUUUCCUGUUGYGACGUCAAUUCUUAUCGUAGAACUGCACUUGCGCUAUUCUUUUUGCGAAGAAACGAUAGUCGUAUGUUGGAGACCAUGUCAACUUUCGACGGUGGGUGGCACGGCAUGCAAGGCUUGCGGAUUAUCACAAGAUUCGUUUCUGAAACCGGCGCGGUUUCCAACCAACGAAAUGCAGAUCAUUCCAACAGAUGCUCCCCGAAUCAGCAAUGUUUUGCCUUUAUCUAAGGAUACUAGCGUAUCAAUUGUCAGGUGUUUUGAUUUUCUCAAAAAGCGUUGCAUCGAUGGAAUAGCACCGGAUAUAGUCAAUUCCGAUGUGGCCCUGGAAAAAGCCGAAAAUGGUGUUGCUACCGAUUUUGACUCGCAUUUCCUGCCAUCCUAUCCUGAAUUCUUCUCUCCCUCGGAGACAAAAAUUUGCACGCGAGGGAUCAAAAAAGUCGGGUGCUUGAAAAAGCUGAAGAACCUCUCUGAAGUUGGUUACAUGCCUUUGUGGAGCUUUGGCGAUGUACAGAAACAUGACGAGCAGAACACGGCCACGUACAAAUCUUUUAUGCCAUCCCCAUUUCUCUGUUUGGAGCUUGUUCGCCUAAGAAUAUUGAACGGUCACUACAUGAAUGUAUCCGCGAUAAGAAACGACAUAUCCGAAGCGUACGUUGCCUCCGUAUUAUUCGUUCUUUCCGAAGCCUCGUCUCGUAGCAUCGACCGAAUCUCGACUCGACGAAUUUCCAAGCAUCUUUUAUCAGCAAAAUUGAAUGGGAAGAUUUCCAAGAUUUAUGUCAAAAAGAAGUCCAAAAAGAAGACGGAGAACAACGAUCUGAAGAUAGGCACAAACCAAAAUGCAGUUCCGCAAGCUUCGAAAUCCAAAGGCAGAAGAGAAUCAACUUUCGAAAAACUCAGCGAAGAGGAGGAUGCCAUCAUCAACAAAAUUAUUCUUCUCAGAAAGUACCAUGCCGCAGCAAUAGUCUUUGCACUGGAGGCAAACAAUGCCGAGAAAAUAUUUUGUUUGACAUCAACCACGACACCUACUCAAUCUACCAAUGCAAUUCCAGAUGUUGAUACGGUGAAAAUUUUAGACACCACUACACCCCAGCAACUAGAAGGCAUUGCUAAAAUUCGCCGUUUGCUCCAAGCUGUUGCCAGAGAUGCAUGUCGCAAUCGAUUUAAGUUUGCAAAUCAGAAUUUCUUCAAAUUCAAAAUGAAGUGCGGCGAUUACUUCAUAACAGAAAACGGUCAAACUCAGACGACAAAGGAAGGAUUAACUAUGUUCAAGCCAAGCAUAAUAAUAGCUCUCUUACCCGAUGGUUCAGUGAGCAAGCUUCGAAUUCGCUGCGGAAAUGAGUUUGUUGACGGAGAAAGUAAAGUAGUUGAUCAAUUCAUAGCGCCAUCAGCUGCAGGCGAUAAGAGCACAUCUUCGAAAGAUCCUGUUCACCCAAACCAUUCUACAGUGGUCGGACGCAACAACAUCACCUUCAAGUUGUCCGACUUAAAAGACAAUGAAGAGCUAGCUCGGUCUUUCUUUGGUCGCCCUGGACGUCUGCAUCCUUGUGUUCGAUGCCAAUCCAUUGGUGAAACAUUUUUGUAUUGUCGAGUUCAGAGAGGUCAUUCUAAUCCAGACUAUAAUCUGAUGGAAACCUUCAAGAGCACGUCAGGCGUCGAUUCUUUAUUGAUUCCCUGGAAACGGGUAACACAACAUAAAGAAGUUGCCCAGGAAAUCCAGAGAGUGAUUACAAAAAAAUCUGAAGAAUCAAACAAAGUCUUGGAUGACCUAGCUGCAAAGGAGAUUGAAGAAAACGAAUUAGCAGCUUUGAUGGAGAAACAAGUUCUUGAAGCGAGAGAAAAUUUCGAAAGCGCGAAAAAAGCACAAGAGCUUUCUAAUUAUCUCCAUCGUCAGGCAAUACUCCUUUCCGAUUUGGAAGUCAAACUAUCUGAGAAUUUUAUCGUUACAAACUUUCCGUUUGAUCCGAGAGACAAUCACUAUACAUUUUGUAUCCAUUGUGGGUGUGCCGGGGAUCUUUUGUUAUGUGAAGGCUGUUCAAAUGUCUCACACCCAAAAUGUGCCGGUUUAGAAACUGUUCCGGAAGGAGACUGGUUUUGUAACAAGUGCAUAUCGAAAAGUACUACCUCUAGAACGGAUUCGAAUAUGAAUGGACUAAACGAUGCAACGACUCAAGACAACAAGCAGUCUAGUAUAGACAUAAAGACCAAAGGACUUGAUGAGAAAGCUAAGUCUUCUUCAACUACCGAGAAGGGCAUGGAUCAAAAUCUAUAUGAGGAUGACGAUUUUUGUAAACAGUCGAUACCUUCGACAAUACCAGACAAUGAUAUGGGCCGAUCAUCAGGUAAAAGCGAAGUCCAACAUACAGCUGAUGGAGUCAAACUGGAGGUCCAGGUUCCAGAAACUGGCGAGAGAGAUGAGACUCCCUCUGAAUCAUGUAUCAAAGCGUCGGGAAUGCCUAUGGUCAACGCACAAAUAGACCGGAAUGUAAUACAGAAUAGUGAUAUGGGUCAGAAAGAAGUCCAACAUGCACCUGAUGUAGUCAAAUCGGAGGUCCAGGUUGCAAAAACCGACGUGACAGAUCAGACUUCCUCUGAAUCAUAUAUCAAAGCUUCCCGAACGGAAACAGACAACUCGCAAAUUGACAGACCUGUAGUAGAAACAAACAAGGUGGCAUCCCAUCCUGAAAUCGACGACCAUGAACUUGAGAAGAACCAGUCUGAACUGGAUAAGCUACUGGCCAAUUUGAUCGACCAGCGAGUUGAUUUAAAACCCAAUGACAAUCACACCAACGUUCAACAGAAACCCUCUAUCGAACAGAAACCAAGUUUUGGUGAUCCUCUGGAUAUUCUCGACGACUCUCAUGCCCGAGAAUUUCUUUCGUUUAUUUCGAUCAAAUCAGCUGCAGAACUAUUCAGUAUGGAGUCUGUACUUAUUGCWAAGGAUCUUGAGCAAUGGCGGAAGGAAAAGGGGAUGAAACCAUUGGCACCUCGUGGAAGUAUAUCCACAGUGAAUUCUUGGAAAAAAAUGGUUCGUGCAAGAAGUGCCGAAAUUACUUCGAAGAUGGAAGAACAUAGAAGAUUGAGCUAUUGUUUCCAGAGUUUGCCUUCUCAAGCUCAGGAGUUUUGCUCAUAUAUUGGCAUAACAGAUCCAGAAGUAUUUGUAGGUAUGGGGACCAAGGAACUGUCAAAGCAAUACUCAAGAUGGAGAAAGAAACGAAAGAUGUCGGUCUUAAAUGGGACCGGGUCAUGGUAAGAUUUUGAUCGUGUUGUUUCCGAGCCAUUUUUGGCAUUUACUUUACCUUUCUUUCUUGAUGCAUAAUUUCUUCUUUGAUACCUAAUUUUUUAAAAAUAUUUUUCUUCUGAUAGCGCAUAUGUAUCAAAGUGGAAAUCCAUUAUUCGCAAGGCAUUACCGUCGUAUUUGACGGCAGGGGAGAACUCUGGUGUUCACGUUUCUCUAUCAAAGUGCCAUAUCAAAAAUGGAUUCAAGGUGCGGAAACUAUUUGAGGAUGGGAAUUAUUACAUGGGCCAAGUUGUAUCCGGUCCAGCCGAAGUGCUGGAGGAAGAGAAUGGGCGUAUGGUAUUGUGCUGGAAGGUUAAAUAUGAAGACGACGACGAGGAAGAAUUUACACUUGAGGAGCUAGAGUUGUGGGGUAUCGAUAAACCAAAUAAACCAAAUCGCUAUGAGUUAUCAACAAGUUCUGAGACAGAUCAAAAGUCAACUGAAAAGGAUUUUGGACAAAAGGUAGAAACAGCAAUAGAAAACGUGGAAGUCGACCUCAAGUUAACAGAAAAUAAAGUCGAAGGAGAAAUAGAAAGAGAAGAAAAUGUUGAAGUCAACUACCAGUCCGAAGAGAAUCCCAUAAAACUAGAGGCAGAAAGAGGGAAAAAAAACGUGGAAGUUGAUCUGCAGCUGACAGGAAAAAUUAUGGACCGAGAACUAGAAAUAGAAAGGCCGAAAAAUAUUGAAGUCAGCCACCAGUCAACAGAAAAUCCCGUCAAACGAGGGGCAGAAAUAGAAAUAGAUAACGUUGAAGUAAAGGCGGGAAUACGAAGAACGAGAAAUCUUGAARUGGAGGAAAAGUCAGAAAAAAAUGCAGACAAUCAAGCGGAGGGGGUAGAUAAAGUCGACGGGGAUAACAUUUCUAAUCAAGAGCGAACCAAAUUAGCAAUUGAAGAAGAAGAGGAAAUGGAGAGGAUUGUAAAUAUUACACAAGUCGAGCAUCAGAAAAAAUCACCUACACCUCUCAGUGAUCAACAAUUAGAUAUAAUUGUGGUAGAAUCGGAAGAGGAGAAGAAGAGGUCAUCAAAGGUGAUUAAAGUUGAAUAUCGGGAGGAUCCGAUUCCGCGUAUGAACAAGAAAAGUGAUAAACAGAUAUCUCGAACGGAAAAAGAAACAGAAGUGAAACAGAGAAGGAUGCGGAAGGCUCCAAAAAUUACUCAACGGGCGGAUAGUAUUCAAUUACCGAAAAUUAGAGGUCAUCAGCAAACCAGAAAGUUGAUCUCGAAAGUCACUGAGGUUGAAUAUCGUGAGGAUGAUGACCUUCUUUCAGUACCAAACAAGAUUGAUGUUAACGGGGAUGGGUACACUACUGAAGCAGUAGUUACCAAAGUUGAGAGGAGUCGAACCAGCGAGAAAAGGACUCUAUCGGACGGGGAUGGGAAAAAGAAACUGAUGGAGCAGCAAAAGCCUGAGGAAACAAAAAGACGUCGCAGCUCACGUCGUAGUGGACGAGGACAUUACAACGAAGAAACUGAUAAAUGUGAUGAGRCUAGCAACGAAGGUUUGGCACACAGGCAGAAACAAAAAGUCACAAUGAACGAAGUCGAGAAACCAAUGAAACGUGUUGUCACCAACAUCACUCACAGGGAGGCUGGUCGACCGCAUUUAAUGCCAGCGAUAGAUGAAAUAGUUGGAAGGCGAAGUACUCGUGCUAGAUCACGUACGAAUGAGGAACAGGAGACGGAUACGAAAGAUAUUGUAGCAUCUUCAAGUGCUGCGAACAAAGGACUCCGCCGCAGCUCCCGAAGGUCAUUGUCCUAGUUUUUUCCUUACAAUAAAACUAGCUGAUCGCA